UAGCGGCAGUUCUCGAAAGUACGUUCACUCGAUAGGACGGACGAACGUCGUCUGGCGCACGACGAGUUUCAAGCAAUAUGGCGAAGUGUGUCAUGGGCUCGGUGAGACGUAGUGUCGUUUGAAAAUAUGAAAAGUUCGCGGUAUGGGUUGAGAAUAAUGUAGCGCUAUGAAGAUCGUGUGAAUAUUAUAUUUGUGUAUACAAAAGCAUCGAGCUAGUUCCUUGUGAUCGAGGAAUUAUACAGUGUGCGUUACCGGUGUGAAAUCAUGGCUACGGAUAAAAUAAAGGUUGCCGUUCGGGUUCGGCCGUUCAAUCGCAGAGAGCUGGAACUCGGUACACAAUGCGUGGUCGAAAUGUCCGGACAGCAAACCGUCUUGCAGCAUCCCACCACGAUGGACAAAAUCGAACGGAACAAACCGAAAACGUUCGCGUUCGAUCAUUGUUUCCAUUCGCUGGACCCAAGUGCAGAAAAAUUCGCGAGCCAGGAGGUGGUGUUCGACGCCCUGGGACGUGAUAUUUUGGACAAUGCAUUCCAGGGUUACAACGCCUGCAUCUUCGCUUAUGGGCAAACCGGGUCUGGGAAAUCGUACACGAUGAUGGGAAGCGGCGAGAACAAAGGCAUCAUACCACGUCUUUGUGACAACUUAUUCGACAUGAUCGCGAAACAACAGAGUUUAGAACUCACGUACAAGGUUGAAGUAUCGUAUAUGGAGAUCUACAACGAAAAGGUGCACGACCUGCUUGAUCCAAAGCCGAACAAACAGUCGCUCAAAGUGAGGGAACACAAUGUCUUAGGACCGUACGUGGAUGGACUUAGUCAACUCGCAGUCACAUCCUUUCAGGACAUUGACAAUCUGAUGGCGGAGGGGAAUAAAUCGAGAACGGUGGCAGCGACAAAUAUGAAUUCCGAGAGUUCUCGUUCUCACGCGGUCUUCUCCGUGAUCCUAACGCAGACAUUGACGGAUUCGAAGAGCGGGGUGAGCGGGGAGAAGGUAUCCAGGAUGAGUUUGGUGGAUUUAGCGGGGAGCGAAAGGGCUGUGAAAACUGGGGCAGUGGGCGAUAGGCUUAAAGAAGGAAGCAAUAUAAACAAAUCCCUAACGACGUUGGGUCUAGUCAUUUCAAAGCUGGCGGAUCAGAAUUCCGGAAGUAAUAAGAAUAAGGACAAAUUUGUGCCGUACAGGGAUUCUGUUCUCACGUGGCUGUUAAAGGAUAAUCUCGGUGGAAACAGUAAAACAGUGAUGGUGGCUACUAUAUCUCCAGCGGCGGAUAACUACGAGGAAACCCUUUCUACUCUUCGAUACGCGGACAGAGCGAAGAGGAUCGUGAAUCACGCGGUGGUCAACGAGGAUCCGAACGCUAGGAUCAUACGGGAAUUGAGACAGGAAGUGGAAACGUUGAAGGAGAUGCUGUUACACGCGACUGGACAAGGUUCGAUAGUGGGCCAACAACGCACAGACAUCACGGAGAAGCUGUCUGAAUCGGAACGAUUAAUGAAGGAGAUGUCUCAAACGUGGGAAGAGAAGCUGGUAAAAACGGAGAGGUUGCAGCACGAAAGGCAGCAAGCCCUGGAGAAAAUGGGGAUCAGCGUUCAAGCUUCUGGUAUCCAAGUGGAGAAGAACAAGUAUUACCUCGUCAAUCUGAACGACGAUCCUAGUUUGAACGAGUUGUUGGUUUACUACCUAAAAGAAAGGACUCUGGUGGGAGGUCGUUCGGCGAAAACCGAGCAGGAUAUUCAAUUACACGGAUUAGGUAUCCUACCUGAACACUGUGUCAUCACGAUAGAAGAAUCUGGCCUCUACAUGACGCCAUUAAACGGUGCUAGGUGUUUCGUAAACGGCACCCAGGUGGUGGAGAAAACACCCUUACUACACGGGGAUAGGAUCGUAUGGGGCAAUCAUCAUUUCUUCCGGGUGAACUGUCCGAGAAGUGCAACAGCAAUUAACAGCGAGCCUCAAACACCCGCUCAGAAUAUUGAUUACAACUUUGCCCGAGAAGAAUUGAUGCUUAACGAGCUGUCGAACGAUCCUAUUCAAAGAGCCAUCGCGAGACUAGAAAAGCAGCACGAGGAAGAUAAGCAGGUUGCACUGGAGAAGCAGAGGCAGGAAUACGAGCGACAGUUUCAACAGCUUCGCAAUAUUUUGUCUCCUUCGACACCGUACUCGCCGUACGUACCGUACGACCCACUGAGGGGUAGUCAAAGCGGUAAAAUGCACGCUUGCACACCGACCACUCAAAUGCGUGUGGAGAAAUGGGCGCAGGAGAGGGACGAGAUGUUCAAGAGGAGUUUAGGUCAAUUAAAAGCUGACAUACUGAAGGCGAACGCUUUGGUGCAGGAGGCUAACUUCUUGGCUGAGGAAAUGGGGAAACAGACCAAGUUUAGCGUCACUUUACAAAUUCCGCCGAAUAAUUUAAGUCCAAAUAGAAAGAGUGUAUUUUUUCAGCGUGGAGCAUUCGUCAGCGAACCAGCGAUUCUGGUGAAGAGAAUGAACACGGGCAGCCAGGUGUGGACGAUGGAGAAAUUAGAAAACAAAUUAGUCGACAUGCGGGAUAUGUACGAGGACAGAAAAGAUCCCAAUUGUCAACGACCACCUGUCAUGAAGGACGAGGUACCGGGGAAAACGCAAGAUCCUUUCUACGAGUCCCAGGAGAACCAUAAUCUAAUCGGAGUAGCGAAUAUUUUCUUAGAGGUUCUGUUUCACGACGUACGGUUAGACUAUCACACCCCGAUAAUCAGCCAACAGGGAGAAGUCGCUGGACGACUCCAGGUCGAGAUUAGUCGCAUAUCCGGCCAUUUCCCUCAGGAUCGUAUCUGCGAGGCUGCAUCGGAAUCAUCGGCUGACAGUACCUCGUCGGAACCGGAAGAUUACUCCGGAUCGAGUCACAUCACCUGUCGCGUGACCAUCAAACAAGCCACCGGUUUACCGUUGUCCCUCAGUCAUUUUGUGUUUUGUCAGUAUAUGUUUUAUGGACAUCCAGAACCAAUAGUGGUGCCGGCGGUGGAUAACACCGAACAUCUUAAUUCCAAUUGUCAAAUGGGACAGAGAGACUCUUUGGUGUUCAAGUUUGAUCACACGACGGAUUUUAACGUGCCCAUCACGGAAGAGUUCAUGGAACACUGUUCUGAAGGGGCCUUAAGCAUAGAAGUUUGGGGACACCGAAGCGCCGGUUUCUCGAGAAGCAAACCUGGCUGGGAAGUUGAACAACAAUUAGCCAAAGCUAGAUCACUGGCUGAUAGAUGGUCCGAAUUAACGAGGAAGAUUGAACUGUGGGUAGAGAUUCAAGAAUUGAACGAACAAGGAGAAUAUUCUCCAGUUGACGUAGUAGUGAAACAAGAUAUGUGGACAGGGGGUAUUUAUCAGUUACGGCAAGGGCAACAACGGCGAAUACAAGUUCGCGUGAAACCAGUACAAAACUCAGGAACAUUGCCAAUAAUUUGUCAGUCGAUAUUAAACAUAGCCGUCGGCAGUGUGUCUGUAAGGAAUCGUCUGCAAAUUCCGUUGGACAGUUAUCAAGAUGAAGACUUAAGAAUAUUAAGAGAGAAAUGGAGCGAGGCGUUGAUGAGAAGGAGACAAUACUUGGAUCAACAGAUACAGAAGCUGAUCAACAAACAGGAUAAAACGGAGCAAGAUAUUGAAAGGGAACAGAGCCUGGUGGAUCAGUGGGUCAGUUUGACAGAGGAAAGAAACGCAGUGUUAGUUCCUGCAGCAGGAUCAGGAAUUCCAGGUGCUCCUGCUGAUUGGAAUCCUCCUGCAGGCAUGGAACCACACAUUCCAGUUCUCUUUCUUGAUCUCAAUGCUGACGACCUCUCCACUCACCAGUCCGGAGAGGAGGUUUCUGUGACAGGGUUGAACUCCAUCUUGCCGAAGGAACACGGGAAUAAAUUUUACAGUUUACCAAUAAUUCGACACGUAGAAAAGGACGUGUGUGCCAUUGCUGCUUGGGACUCCAGUAUACACGACAACAUACACCUGAACAAAGUUACAGAUGCUAACGAGCGAGUUUUCCUGAUUCUAAAAACAACGGUACGUCUGUCGCAUCCCGCGCCAAUGGAUCUGGUGCUACGUAAACGAUUGGCCUUAAACAUAUACAAAAGACAGAGCAUCACGGACAGAAUCUUCAAGAAAAUUGUUCGGACAGACUGUUUGACCCAAACUGGCGUCACUUACGAAGUUGUAUCUAACAUACCAAAGGCGAGCGAAGAACUGGAGGACCGUGAGAGUUUGGCUCAAAUAGCAGCGAGCGGUGAAGAUAAUAGUUUGUGCGAUGGCGAAACGUACAUUGAAAAAUACACACGUGGUGUUUCUGCGGUGGAAAGUAUCUUGACCUUAGACCGAUUACGACAAAGUGUUGCUGUGAAAGAACUGCUCCAAGCACAAGGGCAACCACUUAUGCGCAAGACAGCAAGUGUACCCAACUUCUCGCAGGUACUACUGCCUCUUCGCCGUCUUGGACGCACUAUCAUGAGAUCCGACACGUCGAUGGAUUCUUUGAACGUGACACGUUCCGAGAGCGUAACCGAUCUCAAUACCGAAUUAAACGGUUUAUUACACUCUCGACGUGCGUCCACGGGUCAUACAAGGAACGAGGAGAACUUUGUGUCCACCCCAUCGAAGCCAUUCGGAAUCGGCUCCAUUCUGAACUCAGCGAGACCAACUUUCCUGAAUCUCAACCUGAAUCUCAACUCAUUGACACGUCUGCAACAAUCCACCUCUGCCAAGUCAUCUCCAAAUAUGGUUGGCAGUAAACUGGCCCUACGAAUGACAACUCUGCACGAGGAAACCUCGAACGUUGGAAACCAACUGCCGACCCCUAUCAACGACGAGGAUGAAGAGAAGAGCGAUGCUGAUUACUCGGAAUACGAAUCGUAUCAGGCACCGGCGAAACCAGUAAAACCGCUAACUUCUUCACGCACACUGGAUUCUCUUGUCGAACUUCAAUCGACGAAGAUCAACACGCCAAGCAUGAGCAGCAGCGGUUACGGUUCCCAAGCUGUGUCGACGACGAACCUCACGUCCGAGGAUUCGAUCAGCGUGAAAUCGAUCAGCGUUGACGAAACCCCAGAUCUGGAGUAUCGGAAUCUACUCGAGGGGAAGAAACCGGAACGAAUGGACAGCUCUUUGGUGGAGGAAACGCCGGAGGAAUACAUGGGAGAGGUGACGAACGCUUUGGAUAAUCUGAACGUGAUGGAGAGCAGUUGUAACGAGGAACGAACUAGGAAGAACUUGGAAGAAACUGGUGCCUACAUGGACGCGGAUAUGGACAGUCCUGUAUCGUCGACGAAAAGCGACAGCGAUGCGAAUAGCAACUCGACGAAUGCAACUGUUCAGAAGAAAGAUACACCGAGUCAAAGUUUAAGCAAUCGAAGGAAAAGUGAUAUGGAAAUCAGUCAAACCUCGAAUUCCGGUGAAGAUAGUCCUUUGGAGGGUAGCUCGGUUGUACACACAAAAUUACCACCGGGAAAGGUGGUGAGACGAAGAAAAGCUUCUGCCAACACAGGAAGGCCUACGAGUUCUCAGCACAGAGCUUCAUUCCCUAUGGUCCGUCCACAAGUUUCAGAGAGCAAAGCUGCGGCACGACUGGAACAAUCAAUGCAACCUAGCAUGCCCUACGAAAACGGUGAUAACAGCUCCUCAGAAAGAAUCGAUGACGAUGUAAGCGAAAAGAGUUCAACAUUUGGUUCGAGACACGACUUGAGCAGAGUCGAAACACUACUACCAGACUGGGUGAUAGUUGGUGAAUCGGUUUUGGUUCGUCCUUACAGCUAUUCAGGUGUAAUAGCUUACGUUGGUCCAACAGAAUUCGCGUCUGGGACGUGGAUAGGAGUGGAACUUGAUGCUCCUACUGGUAAAAACGAUGGUGCUGUGAACGGCCAUAGGUACUUCACGUGUCGACCAAAAUGCGGAAUAUUCGUGAAAGUGGACAAAUUAAUUCAAGACAAACGAGGCAGAGCACUUAGAAACUACACGUUUACUCUUCCUCAAUCUGCACCGAUGCGCAGAAGCGUCAGCAGAGGUGAGGGUUUACAUUCCUUGCACCGAAGUCGAAGCCGAGGAGAAGGUCUCUCAACAACCGGCACACGAUCCUCUCCACGUGGCAAGUAAACGGAUCACACACCGCUUCAUCGUAACCUUCGUUCUACUACUAAGCCACUAAAGAAAACAAAACAAGAAAAAAAAAAUAAAUAUCCUAAUUGCUACAUGCCUAUUGAUAUGUGUAGCAGCAGUGUUUCAGUCCCUUAGACGUUUAGGGCAGCUAUGGAUUAUUAAUACUUAUAAAUAAUUACUUGAAACGUUAGGUCAUUAAUGUGUAUCUCACACACACACACACACGAAGCAUUGGAAUCCAUCGAUAACGAUUUAAAAGAAAAAAAAAAAAAAAAAAAAAAAAAUAUGGUACGUGUUGAGAUGGAAAAAGCAUUUAGUAUCUAUUUCGCAUUUUUUCAGUAGCGUAGGAACGGAGUCGAUACACGGUUGGCCCUUAAUUAUAUAUCGACAGUCACCGACGACGACGAUGUUUAAUUAUAUAUAUAUAUAUAUAUAAAAAAGGAGAAGAAUGAACGAUCUGUAAGCAUUCCACAAUUUUCGUUUCACCGACUGGUAUUGACGAGCCAUUUUAAUUUUUACACGAAACUGGAAGUGAUCGUUUAAUUUCCGAUUUAAUUGUACAUUCUUAAGAAGAAAGGGAGAAAGACGAAUGUUGGCGAGUCGACUUUGAUAAAUAAAAAAAAAAGAGAAAUAUUCCAUAAAACAACAAUCGCAUUUAAAUAAAAUCAGAAUGUAUCUGGCAUAUUUAAAUACACACGCAAAUACAUGCAUUAUAAUUAAUAGAUACACUCUCCAAAAUUACCAGGCGGUAAUUUAAAUUGUGGAGAAGUGAAUCAGAAAAAUUGAUCGAUAACUGGGACAGCCAAAAUUCAUGAAUUAAAGAAAAAUAAAUACCGCGAAUCACCGCGCUGUUGUGUAGAUUAAUUUAAAGAUUUUAUAUGUAUACAAUUGUUUCAUAUAUAUAUAUAUACAUAUUGUAUUUUUUUAGCGCGACCCCGUUAAGUUCCUUUUUAUUGUAACAUAAAUACCCCUUUUUGCCCGGCAAAUAUUACGUUUAUUACGCGCGAACAUGACACGCGUUAAUUUAUAGAUGCGUCGAACUUGGAUGUUGCAUGGUAAAAAGAAGUUUGUAUUAGCCUAUGAUUCUUAACUCUAGAAAAAUAUGCUAUUCGGGAAAUGUUUCAUUUGCAAGGAGUGCAAAUUGGAAGUAAUUUGCGAAUGGUAUGAUUUAGAAAAAAAUCCAAUUUGUAGGGAAUCUGAUAUAGAAAAUUCUAAUUUGAAAAAUUCCAAUUUGCAAAGAAUUUAAUUUACAAAGGGCUCGAUUUGGAAAGCAUCGAAUUUUUAAAAGGUCCAAUUUGGAAAGCAUCAAAUUUGCAAAGAAUCUAAUUUGGAUUAUGUUAAUUACAUUAAUUACGUUAACACUUAGGCCAACACAAUCUUCUACGAAUGCAACAUGGUUACAUAGGAUCGCAAUAUUAGGUUCGUAAGUUUAGCUAAGUAGACAAUGAAAAGAAAACGACUAAGAAAACCGAGCUUGCUUUAUUAUUACAUUUUCAUCGUUUAUGUAAUUAUAUUGAUUUCUUUCUUUUCCUGUAUAAGCUUCGUUGCACCAUCCCUUCUAAUUUCUUCUCUAAUCGUUUAUCGCGAGGAACUCUGAUAAUAUACAUAUAUAUAUUUGAUACAGAUUUCAAUGCGAUUUAAGCUCAGUGAAACAAAAUGAAUUAACGAUAUUCACGUCAUCUCGUUCAAUCGACUAAAAUGUAAUCCCUUCUUUAGGAUAAAAAGAAAAAAAAAAAAGGAUGAAUUCUUCUCGAAAUAUAUGUAAUCACAACUGUAUGUAUCGCCUGAGGGAAAAAUCAAAUAACUAUAACGUAUUUUUUUUAAUUCACGGAAUAGAUUGUGUGGAGUAUAACGAAGGAUAAGCAAAGACGAAACAAAGAAGUGGAGAAAAGUAAAGGAAUGAACGAUUAAGGUGUAGUCGCAAAUAAAUUCAUUCGAAAAAAAAAAAAGAAAUUGUGAACAACAGCAACACGAAACAACCGCAGAACAAAAAAAAGAAAAUAACUCUUCUGUCCAAUUAGAACAAUACUAACGCUAUCAAUAAUGAACAUAUUACUGUACGUAAUAUUUAUUGAAUAUAAAUAAUUAAAAAAAAAAAACACCGUAACGUGACGUUUCUUUGUUGCGACAAAAAAUGGGACUUGUUCUCGCGUACAAACGUGAAUUAAAAAAGAAAAAAAAAAAAAGAAGAAGAGUCUCUGUACGAGAAAAGAAACGUCGCGAUCGAACGGUAAUAUCUCUGUCCAUUUUUUGGUAAUUCAAGAUUAUUAAUGAUGAAAGAAAAUUAAGACUCAUAAAUGUCACAGUGAUGCUACAUGCCUGCCUGGCAUAGGAUAUAAUAAAAUUCUUCGUUUCAGACAACAGGUUUUUAGUUUUUCUUUUAACGUUACAUUUGUUUCUUUUUUUCUAUUCGUUUCGUUGAAUUUUAAUCCUCUGAGUGUCAGACUAUUUUUCAGAUGAAAUAUUUCAACAAUCACGCGUGAUCUUCAUGAAAUUUUUACAUAAUAAUAACAUAUUGGAAUUCAUUUAUUAUUAAAGAGAAAAUUUUUUAUAAAUGAAAGUAACAUAUUUGACACUAAAAGGGUUAACGAGAAAGUUUCGACAACUUGCAAUCGUUUCUUUUACACGCUAUGUUUUAUACAAUUGUUUUACUUUUGUUUUAUAUGUACAUACAGGGUACUCAAAUAUUAAAUAAUCAAACAUUGCUGUUAUAAAGAAUGGUGUAUAUUUAUUUCAAUUUUAUGCAAUGUGAAUAAAACUUGCAAAUUUCUUUAUGUGACUUUUGUAAUUAAGAAUAAAUUUUCAUUCUAAACAUUCUAAAAUCUAAGCUCCUCUUUUUAAAUGUAAUACGAUAAACACUUAAGAGUUCAUGCAACUAUCAAGAAAUAUAAUUUUUUAAAUAUUUUUCUUUUAAUUAUGCGACUGCAUUCUGUAUAAAAUUUGAUCGUUUAACUUUGAACAACCCUAUGUACAUUAUAAAAUAUCUAUUUUUUUUUAUUUUUUUUAUUUUUUUCGUUUAUUUUUUAAUUGCAGCGGAGCAUCUAGCAUUGACGGAGCUUACACAGCCUAUUCCAUCCCACGAUAAGACAAUGUCCAUUUUUAUCGUUAUAAUUAUCUAUGUGAUAAUCGUUCGCAACUGUACUUUGUACCCGUAACGGAUUCUAGAAAUAAUAUUUUCGACCAAUCGGUUUUACGAACUGUCUCUGGAAGACUUCCGAGUUUAACAUUACCCAACACAGCUGCAACCAGACACGGUCUAAGUUCCAAAAUAAUAAAAUAAAAACAAAUGGUUUGCACGGGUCCAGUUUCUCAGAAUAUUAAAAAAUCUACACGAAUUAUUCUCCUAAAUAACAAAAGGCUGUGAAACUUAAUCCUUUGCUGUUUUACGCUGCACUCUUCUCGUUUCUCUAAUCAUCACUCUCUUUCAAUAUGCACUUAUCAUUUUUCAAACGUUCCGUGCCAUAUUUGUACAAUUACUUGUGUAGCAUAAUAAGAAUUAUUAUACUGUCUAAAAAUUUUAUUUUAUAAUUUUUGGGCCUGUUUUUCUUUAUGCAAAAAUGAUUCACAAACAAGCAUUUAAUUCCUUUGAAAAUUUCCUCUAAUGAAACAUUUUUAAUGCUUAACACAGUGAGCCUACAUUUUCCAGUGUCGUCAAUUACGACAAAGUGCAAUCACGUUAAUAUUGAAUUCGGAACUCUUCUAAACGCUUCACGGUGAGAGACUGUUCGAACGAUCAUCGCUAAAAUACAUUUAAAAAA